AUGGAAGAUGAACCGCGUAACGACGUGUCAACCCGACAGCAAUCCAUAACGGUGCAGGACCUACGAGACAAUCGUUUAGCGGAGGGCUCAAAGAAGGGCUACCUCAGUGGUGUACGGCAAGUCGUCGCCUGGCUUCGUGAGUCCGGUCGUUCCGGCACUAUAAACCCAGACGGGUCCAUCAACCUCGACGUUUUUAGUUACGAAGACUUCACAGAGUUCGUACUGUACAAGUACAAGAGCGCAGGUGUUUCCUUGUCGACGCUGUCAGGCUACCGAUCAGCCAUCAAGGACUACUACAGCAGGCAAAAUGUGGCCCUUUCGGCUGGUUUCGUCACUGAUGCCACUGCAAUCUAUCAAGGAAUUCGACGAUUGUGUGCGUCUGAGACCCAAACGGGGGCCAUAAAGCCGGGUGGAAAACAGCCACUCAGGUACCACCAGUACCAAGAACUGUGUCGUGCAAGUCUUACCAAGCUAGACGCGGGGUUCACGCAUUUGUUCCUCACCUUAUCGUGGAACUUGAUGUGUCGAUCACGAUCGACGGAGACCGUUCGCGUCGACCACCUCUCAGAUGAAGGGGACUCCAUCGGAGUCACCUUCUUCAAGUCCAAAACUGACCAGGGUGGCACCAAGCGCCGUGACCCCAAGCAUCUCACGACUCGGGCAACCUUUUUCCGGGUCCCUCGCAGCGUGACCGAUUUGGCCGCAGCCUCAAUCAGCUUGUUGGCUCAGCGCUUCCUUCAUCAACCAGUGCCAUCGGAACUCACUCUCUCAGAAAGGGAGCUGCAACGUACGCAAUUGGUGGGAGUACUUCGGGGCCCUCGAUUGUCAACGUGUGCAUCAGGUGCGGGUGGUCCAUCGGUAGUGUUGUUGAACGCUACGUACAUUAUGACGGCGCCGGUGACCAAUACGUGGGCCGCGUUGUGGCUGGUCUUCCACUUGACAGCGGUGAGUUUGCUGCACUACCUCCUCACUUUGAUCCUGGCAGUGACGAAGCAGUUUCCACUGCCGGGGCACUAG